GAAUGGCGGACACUGUUAUCAUACGAUACUUGCUCAUAUUUUUAUUAAUAAGUUCUUGUAAUGCUGGGAUCACUCUGGAUGACUUGGACGAUGGAUCCCUACAGAGACCAACAUCAGAAAAUCACAUCAGUGACACCAAUAUAUCCAUUGAUAAAAAGAUGAUGAUGGUUCAGCAACCACCAAGGUACAAAUGCCACCAAUGUGAGCCUCCCGAGUGUGGUGACAGUGACCUGGGAGACAAGACGUGCGGUGCAGCGCUGUACUGCUUCAAGUCCACGGUUCGGGAGGAGGGGGAGCUGCGGUUCACGCGAGGAUGCAGCACCAACCGGGACCACUAUCAGUUCACAUGUAAAACUAAUCAAGGUCCUCGGAAACGGCAUGCCGGCCAGCUGAAUGUAACAUGUUGUCAAGGAGACAUGUGCAAUGAUGGAGACUUCCCCGAGCUCUCUGCAGACACCGCAAUUGAACCUCUAGAAGCCACAGCCUGGAGACUGUGGCUUGGAGUGGCAGCAUGUGCAGUGGCGUUGGUCGCUGUGGCCGCUUUUGUUAUAUUCCUGUUGAGGCGGACGCACAGGCUCAGAGUGUCAAGAGCGGCGGAGAAGCUCGGCGCGGAUUCCAAAUACUUCACUGCCAACAUGUACAGUCCCCCUGUUACUAGUGCUUAUUAUGAAGGUGCAGAAGGCUCCACAGCCCUCCGAGCAGUAGCAGCAGGUGACUCCACACUCCGGGAGUACCUUGAGUGCUCCAUGACAUCGGGCUCAGGCUCUGGCCUGCCCCUCAUGGUGCAGAGGACACUAUCCAAGCAAGUGACCCUACUGGACAGGAUAGGAAAGGGUCGUUACGGCGAGGUGUGGCGCGGCGCGUGGUGCGGCGACGCGGUGGCGGUGAAGAUAUUCUUCUCGCGAGACGAGGCUAGCUGGCGGCGCGAGACCGAGGUGUACAGCACCGUGAUGCUGCGGCACGAGAACAUCCUCGCCUACGUCGGCAGCGACAUGACCAGCCGGAACAGCUGCACGCAGCUGUGGCUGAUAACCCACUACCACCCGCUGGGCUCGCUGUACGAGCACCUCGCGCGGACGACGCUCACCCGACAACAGAUGAUGGUCAUAUGCCUGUCCAUCGUCAACGGCCUGCUGCAUCUACACACCGAUAUACAUGGGACACAGGGUAAGCCGGCGAUAGCCCACCGCGACAUCAAGUCUAAGAAUAUCCUGGUGAAGGUGAACGGGGAGUGCUGCAUUGCCGACCUGGGGCUGGCGGUGACGCGGCAACACGUCGCCACAGACCAGAUACACAACCCGCGACAGGGGACCAAGAGAUACAUGAGCCCAGAGAUGCUGGAUCAGAGCAUGAACCUAAAAUGCUUCGAGUCGUACCGCAAGUGCGACACGUACGCGCUGGCGCUCGUGCUGUGGGAGGUGUGCAGGCGCGCGCAGCCCGCGCACGAGGCCUGGCCGCCCUACCACGACCUCGUGCCGCCGGACCCCAGCUUCGACGACAUGCGGAAGGUGGUGUGCGAGAUGCGCGCCCGCCCGGAGCCCCCGCUGCACACCCACCCGACGAUGGUCGGUCUGACGAACCUCAUGAAGGAGUGUUGGCACCAGAAUGCCGACGUGCGGCUGCCGAUGCUGAGGAUAAAGAAGACGCUGCUCAAACUGGCGGCCAACGACAACAGCAUCACACUCAAUGAUGACAACGAGAUCAGCUUGUAAUGUGGCUGAAGUAGAUGGACGAUCUAUGUGCAAGCGACGUCAAUAGACUAAGCAUAUAUUUUUGAAGGAAUGGUAAUAGACAUAAUAUAACUACAAAAUGGUAUUCACAUAUAAUGGUAUAAAAUGUCGAACCCACAACAGAUUCGUUCUAAAAUUCAAAAAUCUAAAUAGAUUAAUUUUAAUGACUUGUUUAAUAACAGAGUGUUACGUGCGUAAUAGGAAUUAGUAAAAAAUUUAAGAGUGGGUUUAAAAUAAAAAUGUUUAAAAAGUGAAUCUGGCUCAGAGCUACGUAGAUAUGUGUAUCUAUGACUGUCAAAAUUUGUGUUCAGUGACUCGGUGAUUUUGGUAGUGAAGUAAUAAGUAGGAACUUUCCACUCAAACUAUUAAUAUGUUGUAGCUUACUCAUAAUGUUAUGGUCCAAACCAGAAGCAUAGUUACACAAACAAACGAUAUUUAAUAAUAUGAAUAUGAUUUAUGAAGUUUUGUGACUCGUCUUAUUGUUUGGACCAUAAUGAGUUCAAAAAAGUUAAGAGCCAUUCCUCUCCUCAUUAAACGUUUGUGAUUGGUGAGAUGGAAUGGCGUUUUGGCUAUAAGCUAUGGUAAGACGGCUUGACAAGAAACCCAAGCAAUACAAACUUUUGAGAGUAGAUGUAUUGCAAAACUCAAUCUCUCGACUACAUAGUACAACUAGAUGAGUUUAUUUAAUAUAAAUGUUAUAUUUGUUAGCCAGUGAGUUAUGCCAAAUAUUAUAAUGGCGGACGGCAACAUUUUUGGCAUACUCUUCCAAGAAAUAUACUGAUAUUUCUAUAGGCAGCUAUUUAUUGGUUGAAUAAAAUUAGGAAAAUAAUAACGAAUCUUUCCCUGAAAUAAUAAUGUUGCUGUCCAAAUAGGUGUAAGUGUAAAGCCCGUCACAGACUUAGCUAUAAUAUAUAUUAAUAUAUUUAU